CGCUGGCAUGUGGGGCUUUGACUCAGGAAUUUGCUGUCCAAACAGGAUGCCCUGAGCGCCAGAGACUUUUCUGCAACCCCCCCUCACCCCCAGCUGGGGGGCCGGCCCUCCGUGGUGCUUUAUAAACCCCUGGCUCUGGGGAAGGAGCCACAGAGAACCUCUGGAACUCCAUCCUCGCUCUUAGCUCAGAGCUCAGCUGCUCAUUCGGUCUCUCUGGCACGCACUUUCUUGCUUGUUCUCUUCUCUCUGGGUUUAUUUUUUUUUUCCUGUCUUAGGAAAGCAAGAUGCACUUUAGAAACUUUAACUACAGUUUUAGCACCCUCAUAGCCUGUGUGGCAAACAGUGAUAUCUUCGGCGAGAAUGAAAUCAGGGCCAAGUUCGAAUCCCUCUUCCGGACCUAUGACAAGGACAUCACCUUUCAGUAUUUUAAGAGCUUCAAGCGAGUCCGGAUCAACUUCAGCAGCCCCCUCUCUGCCGCCGAUGCCAGACUUCGACUUCAUAAGACGGAAUUUCUGGGGAAGGAAAUGAAACUGUAUUUUGCUCAGACGCUGCACAUAGGCAGUGCGCACCUGGCACCCCCCAACCCAGACAAGCAGUUUCUCAUCUCUCCGCCAGCCUCCCCUCCCGUCGGCUGGAAGCAAGUGGAAGACGCGACCCCCGUCAUAAAUUAUGAUCUUUUAUAUGCUAUCUCCAAGCUGGGGCCAGGGGAAAAGUACGAGCUGCACGCAGCGACCGACAGCACCCCCAGCGUGGUGGUGCACGUAUGUGAGAGUGAUCAGGAGAACGAGGAAGAGGAGGAGAUGGACCGCAUGAAGAGGCCCAAGCCCAAAAUCAUCCAGACCCGGAGGCCGGAGUACACGCCCAUUCACCUGAGCUGAAGGGGCCUCCGUGGACUCACGGAGCCGUGCUCUGAAGUCACGCUCAUGGGGAGGCGUCUGGGACUGUGCGAGCGAGCAAGCAGCUGCUCACACAAAGCUUUGGAGGUGGCAGCCGCUGUGGCUGUGUCACCAAUUCCCGGUGUCCCGGGAUGGAGCCACUGGGCUCUUGUGUCCUGGUUCUCGGGCUGCCGGGUGACAGGCAAUGUUCAUGGCUCCCGAGGAAAGUCCUGGGCGCGCCACUGAGUGUAGUAGGGUGACCGCACAUGGACAUUUGGGGGGGGAACACACGUCUUGAGGACACUCGGUUCACGUUCGUGUUAAUUUGUAUUUGUUCUUUUUCGGUACGUUCUGUGUUUGUCAAAAGUAGGGUUGAAUGGGAGGGGUCUGCAGAGAGUUUAGGGUCAGUUCACCAAGUCCCAACCCUGUGCUCCCCAUGGCAGGGCUCUCUGCUGGCAGUAAAAGGCACCUUUGGUGAAAACCACAUAGUGCCCGCACAGAGGCGGUGACAGUGACAGCGGUGCACCGUGAAAACAGUGGCAGUUUAUUCCUUCCGUCCCUGCCUGUUUGAACACUUGUGCUUGUUCAGUCCCAGUUUUUUCCCCAAACUAGUUCUUGUUUGCAUUUAGAGUCGCAUCAUUGUUGGUUCCUAUCUCUUGGGAAGAUUAGAAAGCAUUUAAAAAAAUAAAAAAAAAGAAAAAGUAUGGCUUUUCCAAAACCUAAAUUCCCUUUGUAGCAAUGCCCAUUUGUGAACUUCUGCCUGGAAUAUAUCUGUCCGCUCAGCCUCUCACAUAACAACAUCCCCCCACGCUCCCAUGCUGUUUGCAAAAAGAAGUUGAGCUGAAAUUUCUGCAGAGAGUUCCCUCUGGCAAAUUCAGAGAUGGACAGUUUCACUACCAACCCAUAGUGGGAGUGAAAUUUGAGUGGAGUUUUUGUUUGGAGUCUGGCAAUGAUUUCAUUUUAUUUCUUGGGCAUGGUGGUUGAUAUAUAUGAGUUAUAACUAAAUCCUUUUUAUGGGGGCAUAGAGGUUUGUGGGGAGCUAUUGGUGGAAUUCGCUGAAUUUUUAGACCCUGCUAAAAUAUCAAGAUACACUUGUAAAUAAAGCUGAUAGCCUAGAGUCAUAUCUGUUGUACAUUUGGGGUGGAACAAAAUGGGGACAGUGGGGGGAGGAUAGGAUUAGCGUAAGAUGUACUAACUUACCUGUGAAUUGUAUGUAUGUUGUAAAAAAAAAACUUUGCUGUUUCUACAUUUGCAGGACUCAAAUUCCAGUGGAAGUGGGAGUAGUGGGUGUGUGAUGGUGUGACAUGAAGGACUCAGUGCCUUUCCCCAUUCAUUCCUGGUGGAAUCGUUACACUAAACUCAAUGUCUGUGAUUCUUUUCUAGCUGUAAUGUGUCCAUCCAAUAACUGAGCUAUCCCAUGUUCCACCUUACCUGCUCCCGCCAUUACAAAUAUUCAUUUGUCAGUUUUGAAAUCCCCCAAUGCCGAGUAACAAAUGCAUGCUCUGGAAACUUGGGAGACAGUCCUCUUUGGGAAGAGGAAAAAAAUGUGUUUGGUCCGUUCCCGAGAUUGGGUGAAUGUUCUCAAAACCCUGUUUACAGUCUCUGAGGGUGGGGUGGGGGUGGAGGCAGGUGUGUGGGAGAGACCUUUGCGUUGCUGUUCAAGUGUUCCUAGUCAAGUGCUUUUCAACUGGAGAGGCUAGCCACGCACUAUUUUUUUUUAACUGCAUUCUAUAAUAAAUCGAUAAGAGAUGCUCUUUACGGAAAAGUCA